AGGGAAAUUACGGAAAAGAAAGUGUGGAACGAUUGGAUGACUGACCGACGAGUCGACAAGCGCCGCCAGCCACUGCCAGACUUCAGCCUGCCACCACGCUCCGCCUCCACCCUCCAGCCUCCACGACCAUGACCGUUGACCGCACCAUCCGCAGUACAACACUUUGAAGCUACCAGUCCAUCCUAGGCCGCUACCUGCACAGCCGCACUCCCACACGCCGCAGGAACCGAUGAGGAUACGACACUGGUGACUGACGCCCUUCAUGCGGAUUUAACCCGACUUGAAAUUUCUAAGUAUCACUGUAGUCGAUUGGAUGUAGAUGUGUAUGAUUGGUUGAAAUUGAAGGAAUGGAUUGAACAACCGGAUCAUAUUGACCCUACACGUGUACAACUUCGUGUACCCGGGUUACCUGAUGUGGAUAGGCGGUUUUUUCGGGACCUCCUUGUGCCUGAGAAAUGGUUGAUGAGUAAUCACGUUGAUGCUGUCGUAUACGUGCUCAAUAAGGAAAGCAGAAGGACGAAAUGUGCUUUAAAGAGUCCAUAUUUUAUGCAACAACCGUUGAAUAAAAAAAUUGACAAAGAGGAACACUGGGGAGGAGAUCGCCAUCUCGUAAAAACAAAAUGGACUUCCUUGGAUAAAGUUUUUUCACCACUUAAUGUGGAGGAUAUGCAUUGGGUUUUGGUUGAAAUAGACCUUCGAGCUAAAUUCCUAAGACUGUAUGACUCUUUGCAAAGUGGAAGGACCGUAUCAAAAGUAAAAGAAUUGUGUGAAAGGCUCCCCCACCUACUUCGUGUUAUAACUUGGAAAAGGGACGAUUAUGUUGAAGACGACAUCAAGCCUUGGCAAGCUGUUUGCGUUCAUGGUGUCCCCCAACAAUGAGGAGGUGGCAUGAUGAUGUUAAGUAUGGCCGAGCACCUCAUGUUGGACCUCCCGUUGAUACCGGGGUGCGAGUAUCCCAACAUGCACAAUAAGAGGUGUGAUUACGCAAAACGGCUUUGGAUGAUGAGAGUCAACAAAGAAUGAUGUCAAUUGAUGAAAAGUGAUGUAUAUUUUGGUUAUAUGUAAUUACAAAAACUUUGGUAGAUACUCAUAUUUUGCCCACUUAGGUGUAACAUUAUUUGGUGGUUAGAUGUAGUAUUUUGUACAAUAUUGGCGGUGCCAUGUUGUACAAUAUGGCUACAAUGUGAUUGCCUUUUUUUUGUGCUUGCCUUUUUUUGUCUUGGCAAAGCUAUAUGUAAUACCACUUGUAUCAUCCACACUAUAUUUUAGAACUAUAUUAUAGGAUUACAUAUAGUUUUACAUAAAUACAAUGUAAACAAAGGCAUUGAGUUGUCUGCGUCACAGACAUUUCAGUACGAAGUUUCAUUAACAAUUCAAAACAGAGAAAGAUUCAAAUCUAAACCAUCUUGGUAAUGUAGUGUGGGCACCUCAGCAACAAUAAUGUCCUGUGUGGGCAGCUUUUUUGGCGCCCUUGCCUGAAAUAAAAUUGGUAAAAUUAUGUAUGUACAUACCUUUGCGUUAGUUUUCCCCUUUUCUAUUAGUAUUGUGGAAAGGGAAACAUUAUGGCUAAAAUAGUUUAUAAACAUCAUACAAUGAUCAUACCACUUUCAAAAAAGACAAUAUUAAAAUCACAUUCAAAACCCACUCUAUGAACUUCUGAAUUAUGGCAACAUAUUUGUAAUUGUCUGUACGUAUUAUAAAACGUUGGCUACCUACAAGUUAUCUGUACGUAUUAUAAACGUUGUCUGUACGUAUUAUAAACAUUGUCUGUAUGUAUUAUUUACGUGCAGACACCGUUUAUAAUACAUACAGACAACGUUUAUAAUACGUACAGAUAACUUGUAGGUAGCCAACGUUUUAUAAUACGUACAGACAAUUACAAAUAUGUUGCCAUAAUUCAGAAGUUCAUAGAGUGGGUUUUGAAUGUGAUUUUAAUAUGGUCCUUUUUGAAAGUGGUAUGAUCAUUGUAUGAUGUUUAUAAACUACUUUGGCCAUAUGUUUCCCUUUCCACAAUACUACUAGAAAAGGGGAAAAUUAACGCAAAGGUAUGCUGCCUUGCACUUUCUGUGAACAACAGACAAUGUUUAAACUUGUACAAACAAUGAACACAUAUGUACAAACAUAAUUUUACCAAUUUUAUUUCAGGCAAGGGCGCCAAAAAAGCUGCCCACACAUGACAUUAUUGUUGUUGAGGUGCCCACACUACAUUACCAAGAUGGUUUAGAUUUGAAUCUUUCUCUGUUUUGAAUUGUUCAUGAAACUUCGUACUGAAAUGUCUGUGGCGCAGACAACACAAUGUCUUUGUUUACAUUGUAUUUAUGUAAAACUAUAUGUAGUCCUAUAAUAUAGUUCUAAAAUAUAGUGUGGAUGAUACAAGUGGUAUUACAUAUAGCUUUGCCAAGACAAAAAAAAAGGCAAGCAAAAAAAAGGCAAUCACAUUGUAGCCAUAUUGUACAACAUGGCACCGCCAAUAUUGUACAAAAUACUACAUCUAACCACCAAAUAAUGUUACACCUAAGUGGGCAAAAUAUGAGUAUCUACCAAAGUUUUUGUAAUUACAUAUAACCAAAAUAUACAUCACUCUUCAUCAAUUGACAUCAUUCUUUGUUGACUCUCAUCAUCCAAAGCCGUUUUGCG